AUGGAAGUGCCGAUUAUAUCUCAAAUCAUAGUGACAUGUGGCAACAACAUUGGCAAAAACAGAAACAACAACUACUUCAGCAGCAACAACCACAACCGCCACGCAACAACACUUUCAGACGACGUUGAAAUCAGCAACGACGACAACUACAACAGCAGCAGCCACAACCACAACAGCAACCACAACCACAAUAGCAGCCACAGCCACAACAGCAGCCACAACCACAACAGCAGCAAAAUCACGAGCGCACACGAAACUGAUCUUUCUCAAGAUCGUAAAACAAAUAUGAGCACAACUGAUACACCAACAAUAUUUGCCGUCAGUGUGGCGUCUCAGCAAACAACCUUUAGCAACAACAACAACAACAGCAACAACAACAACUUCGUCAACAACAAUACUGACAGCAAAAACAACAACACUUACAAUGAUAACAUGAGUAUCAUAAACAACGACGCCAAACAUAUUAACGAUAAUGACUACGAUACAACUGACACAUUCGCAAAAAACAAUUUCAUUGACAUUAAUAACAACACAAACAACAAUGUCGAUAAUAACAACAGUAACAGCCACAUCAACAACAGUAUCAACGACAACACUAACAUCAAUCACAUCAAAAACGACUGCCACAUAAAAGACACCAGCCACAACAGCUGCUACUACUACUACCAAAACGUCGGUCAAACUUUCAAUCACUACAGAAGUAAUAUCUCUAUGAUAGAUGAAUUGAGCAAACACAAAGUUUUUGUAUCCAACGACUCUGGCAACAAUGAUGUCAACAACAACGACAACAAAAACAAAAAUGUUGGCAACUCAAAUGCUGCUAGAAAUAUUUUUAAUGGUUACAACAACAUCACUAACACUAACAACACAAAAAACAACAUCAACAAUAACAACAUCAACAACAACGACGCAAACAAAAACAACGACGAAAACAACAACAUCGCAAACAACAACAACAGUUUGAAAUGUGAUAAUAUCGAAACAACAGACUCGAUAUAUGAUGGAAGACUUGAAAGGAUUGACGAAUUAUACGUCAGCUACAAUAAAAACAACAAUAAAAACAACAGCAGCAACAACAAUACCAACAAAAUUUUUGAAAAUAAUGUCGUCACCAAUAUCGCCUGCCAUGGUUUUGGUAAUCAAAACGAAACCAAAUGUGCUGAUCAAAUUAACACCAACAACAUUAACAAUUGCACUGCCAAUAACAUUAACAACAACGAAAUUAACAAAAAUAUUAUAAACGAUUUCAAGAGCGAUAUUAGUUGCACUGCUUACAACAACAAAAACCUCAACAACGACGUCAAUAUAAUAGCAAAAAAAGACAUUAAUAGAGAGAGUUACAAGCAUUUUAACGGCAGGAAUGACAUUAAUUUUUACGCUGAACAAAAACUCGACAUCAACAACAGUUCAAACCACAAAUACAACAACAUAAACAACAGCAGCAACAACAACAUCAUCAACAACAUCAACAAAAACAUCAACAACAAUCCAAACAACAGGAAAACAAACGAUGACGUAAUAAACAACAGCUCAAACAUCGGAAAGGGAAAAACUCAGAAACGACACAGAGAAUUUGAAGACGAUGACGACGACGAUGAUGAAUGUGAUGUCAACAAUAACAUUGAUGUCAGUGAUGACAUUGAUGAUAAUGAUAAUAACGCUAGCCACAAUGCAAAUGGCAACGUUAAAAUAAAUGAAGAUUUUGAUUUUAGUUACAACUUAUCAAAACAUAAAAAGGAUCGCAUUCGUAAAUUUAAGCAAAAUUAUAAGAAAAGUAAAUUUGUAGGGCAGUAUAACAUUAACAACAGCAACAACAACAACGAUACCAACAACAACAUCAGCAACGAUGACAACAUCAACAUAAUUGACGACAAUACGCUUGAUGUCAUGAUGACAAACUGUGAUGACCAGACAAGUGAUAACAAAAUUAACGCUACGGACGACAGUAAUAAUGACAAAGAUGAUGACGACCGCAAAAAAGUCAACGACUUCAGCAGGCAAAUCAAUUUGACAAGAUAUGAUGACGAUAGUGCCAAUGAUGAAGAGGACGAUGAUGGAAAGAAAAAUAAUAAAAAUAUUUUUAAAUACAAAAACAAACUUCGCGAUGAAUUUCUUGAGAGAGUAAAUAACGAUGGGUUAAAAAUCAACAGUAAUCAUUUUUUUAAUGAAAUCUAUGACCCAAACAAUAAUCUCAAUAAAACUGACGGUGAUAGAAACAUAACUUUUAGCGAUAAAAAUGACAAUACUACUAAUAAUAUUAACAACAAUUUGAAUAACAACAACAACAAUAAUUUGAAUAACAACAACAAUAACAACAACAACAAUAAUAAUAAUAAUAAUAAAGGUGAAGGAUUGUCAUCACCGUUAUCUUCACCGUCCUCAUCUCCUCGUUCGCUAACUCCAUCAUCACCCACGUCAAGAAAGUCAUUGUCGCCAGCGUAUUUGCCAACCCCAAACACAAACAUACUCGAUUCCAUACACUGGCUAGCCAAACAACACUACAACAACUGGUUCAACUGCAAUGUCUUCAAUAACAGCAAUAGCAACAACAACAUAAAUAACAUUAACAUCCAUGACAGCAACUUCAAUGGCAACAACAACUCAUUUGAAAAUAUUAGCAAAAAAGUUUGUUUCACGAAUCAAGAUAAUGCUCAUAUGAAGGACAGUAUAUUUAAUGUCAACAACAAUAAUGAUAUGAGCAACCAUAACAAUAAUAUCUACGACAUUGAUUGCAACAACAACAUUCACCGUGCUAGAAACAACAACAUUAAUCACACUAACUACACUAACUAUCAACUAAUUCAAACUAAACAAGAUUAUGAAACGAAGAAGGAAAACGACGAAGACAACGAUAGUAAAAAAGUUAACGACAUCAAUAACUACAAAAAAGAUAACAGCAAUGAAAAUGAAAACAACAACAACAACAGCAACAACAACCACGACAACCACAACAACAACCACAACAACAACAACCACAGCAACAACAACCACAGCAACAACAACCACAACAACAACAACAACCACAGCAACAACAACAACCACAACGACGACGGCAUCAAAACAUCAUCCACUGAUUCGCCAACUUUCACGAUCAGUCCAUCGUCGCCAGUUCAAGGACCUCCACAGCAGUCAUUCACCUUCACCCCCCUGUCCUCACCCCCCAUGCGCUUCUUUAACCCCUACUACCACACCCUGGAGUUUGUUAAAAUGAUUCAAAAUCUUGCGGCGUAUCAUCAUCAUCAACAACAAAAACAGCAGCACCAACAACAACAGCAACAGCACCAACAACAGCGUCAAAUUUCUUCUUCCUAUCACCCGAUGAUGUCCUUUACUCAUCCAUUUCAUCUAAAUAACAUCAAUAUGGGUAGUUACAACUGCGAGGAAAAUAAAUACCAAGCAAAAAACAAAGACAUUGCAAACAAUUAUGACGAUAACAUCAAGAGAAACAACAAGAUUGAAGACAUCAACAAUUCAAAAUCAACGCAAAAGCCAACAUCAACUGAAGCAACAUUAACUAACAACGUUAAUGACAGCAAUAAAAAACGCCUCAACACAGCUAGCCAGCAGAAAACAUCAUCACAUCACAAUAAUGCUACUACGGAUCAACAGCCACUGAACACUUCAACAGCAACUACAACAACAACAACAUCGUCAACAACAGCAGCAGCAACAAAUUUUUACGCCUUAUCAACUUUUAAAAAUUUCUUCCCUUUCUAUCUCUCGCCGCUGCAGAACAUGAAUGCAAUUGCAGCGAGCACAGCGGCAGUAGCAGCCACUACUUCAAACAGCAACAUCAAUAAUAUUCCUUAUCUAUUCUACCCCUUCAAAACAGAUCCAGACGCGAUAACAUCAACAACAACCAAAACAAGACUGGAUGAACAGCUCGCAUUAUUUCGCAGCGCCUACAACAACAGCAACAGCAGCUGCAACAAUAACCACAGUUUAUACAGUCAUUAUCAACAGCACCAUGCCAACUCGUUCUACCUCCACCACCACCACCACAACAACAGCAACAACAACGAUAACAUCAACAUGACAAACAACAACAACAACAACAUGCAUUUUUCAGCAUUAACAACAAACUUCUGGUCACGUGAUCCUAACAUGGCGACACCGUAUGACAUCAAGCCGGAAGUGAAGUCGACACUGACUGUCAACAAAUCAACGUCGUCAUCCUCUUCAUCAUCUGCUUCCAGACAUGAAGCAGCAAAACACUCGUCGUCAUCGUCGUCAUCAUCGUCAUCAUCCUGCAAACGCAACGAACCAUGUCGUGUUAUCAAAUUAGCAGACGGACGAACGGUUUACCACUGUUCACUCUGCAAGAAAUCCUUCACAAACCUCGUUGACGCUAACAGACACAUGGAGUUCCAUGAAGCAGAAACAACGCAACAACAACACAACACCAGAAACGAGAACGUUAAAAAUCAAAUAAACGCUGGCAUAAAAAUGCGCUGGCUUGUUCUCGUCUGCUCGUUCAUUUUCGCGCCUUUUUUCAUCUUACAGUUGCUGCUGUUGAUGUUUUUAUUGCAACUUUACGCUGACGUUUACGAGCCGCUAUUUUUUACUUCAUUGUUUCGUUAG